CCGAAACGCCUUGGUAUCUUCAUUUACUCCCGCUGUGGAACGGUGGGACACGUACCGUGCUGCGCGUGAAAUCAUAUCUUGGCGUUGCAACUCGUUGCAGUGACCUGUGACAUCUGGUGACACUUUGUACCUGGGAUACUCGUGGAUUACUUACUGACCGUUGUCGAAGGACAUGCGACGGCGACGUUGUGGUGCUUCGACCGCUUGGCGAAGCUAGUGUCUGUGGUCCGGCGGAGCCCUGCGUGAUCGCGGUGUUUGUGCCCUUUUGGAUUUACGUGCUUCGUCGGUGAUUGUACCGUGCGCUGGAGAUGCAGGUGACAACGCCAGAUGUCUGACGUGCCGCGACUCGCUGCAGGUUUACCGCUGCAGUUCCCCAGCGCCUUCGCAGCAGUGCACGCGGCUAUCCCCGUUGACCAGCGCACACACGAAGGGCGAUAUGUCUGGGAACCACGUCUGCACUCGUUCCCGCAUCCACCGACGUCGGGGUUGUCUGGGGCCAAUUUGGGAGCCACUUUACAGGAUAUGGCAUACCUGCAACAACGUCGCCCCAGUAUGGAGGCUACCACACUGCAGUCUCCGUAUCGGCUCAGCCCUUACAUUGACCAGAUGUACGGCCCGUUUCAGCCCAGCCCACCUCUCGGAAUGCGAGUACUCAGUCCGCUUGAGCACCGAGGGUUACCAAUGCAUAUGGACUACAUACAGCAGAUGGCUGCACUGGGGCAACGUGGCUUUAUGGAACUUCAUACACAGAAUGCAGCAAUGACACCUGACAUAGCGUUUUCUGCUGAAGGAUCUCGCCUGACUAGUCCACGCGCAGGAGCAAGGGGUCGAAAAAGAGCCUUGUCCAGCUCCCCUUACUCUGAGGGAUUCGAUAUUAAUUCCAUGAUCCGUUUUUCACCAAACUCACUGGUCUCAUUCAUGAAUGGAUCAAGAAGUUCCAGUGCAAGUGGGUCCUACGGGCAUUUAUCAGCAGGCACAUUAAGUCCAGCAAUGGGUGUUGGUACCCCUACUGUUCCUCCUCAUCUGCAACAGCUGCAUCAACUCAUGAGGCCCCUCAUGUUGCCCUCAUCGCCAGCAUUUAUGUCACAAACAGUUAUUCCUAACCCAAUUGUACUCAGCCCACACUCUGCCAAAGGAGAAAGCUUGGAUGUUCCUAGCAGAAGGGAAACUGCUAGUAACAUUGUGAGCAGUACAGUCGACACUGAAGAGGCACGCAGGCGUGUCAAGAAAGAGACUGAUGGCGCAUCGCUCGAUGAUGACAGGGACGGAUCAGGUGACAUGAAAGAUGAGCCUGGAGACUUCAUUGAAACUAACUGUCAUUGGAAGGACUGCACCAGGGAGUUCCCUACACAAGACGAUCUUGUAAAGCAUAUCAAUAAUGAUCACAUCCAUGGAAACAAGAAGUCAUUUGUCUGCCUUUGGAGGGAGUGCUCCAGGGAAGAAAAACCAUUCAAGGCACAGUACAUGCUGGUUGUGCACAUGCGCCGUCACACAGGAGAAAAACCACACAAAUGCACGUUUGAAGGAUGCUCAAAGGCUUACUCAAGAUUAGAGAAUCUUAAGACCCACCUGAGAUCACACACUGGAGAAAAGCCAUAUAUGUGUGAAUUCCCUGGUUGCACCAAGGCAUUUAGCAAUGCUUCUGACAGAGCAAAACAUCAGAACAGAACACAUUCAAAUGAGAAACCCUACGUCUGCAAAGCUCCUGGUUGCACCAAAAGGUACACAGACCCUAGUUCGUUGCGGAAGCACGUGAAGACAGUUCAUGGAGCCGAAUUCUAUGCGAGCAAGAAGCACAAAGGUUCUGAGGGUGGAAAUGAUGGCAUGAAUGGUUCUGGAGGACUGAAAGAUAUCAUGGAUCCUGCAGCAAGCAGCGAAGGCAGUCCAAGAUCGGAUGAUGGCGGCAGCAAACUCACUAGCCUCUCGAGCCCAAGUGUGAAAUCAGAGGACCAAGGCUCACCCCAAAAUGAUAGCAGCCCAUGUGAAGAGAGUACAACAGACGGUCUUGGAACGCUUGAGCAUGAGUGUGCAGAUGCUCCAAUUAGUGACAACAGUGUGUCUACAACAUGUGGUCAAAUAGAAGCAUUAGAUCCCCAUGACAGCUCAUGGCCAAUCUUGGAUCCCGCUGACCUUGAAGUGGAUGAAUUUGCUGCAGCUAUUACAUGUGCGGUGACAUCUUCAGAGAACCAAAGGGAAACUGAAAGAAGUGCCAGAUACAGAAUAAAUAGGAAGUCACAUUCCCCGCUCAAGCAGAUUGGUGGACCUUAUUCACCUGGCCACUCGGGCAAUGACAUCAUUGGUCCAGUUCCACGUCCAGUUGGGCACCGACAGCUCCCAAGUUCGAACACACUGAAGAGCUUCACUAAUUUGUCCAACGCUAACAGCAUGAAUCAAGGCCAAGGCUGCGGUCUACGCCAGACUUCCAUUCUCAUCAGUCGCAGAGGAAGCAGCACCAGCACUGUAAGCUCCAUGUACAGCAGUAUGUGCUCUGAUGCCAGCCCACUGACUUCCACUGGAAGUGAAGCAUCAAGAAGCUUCACAGUCAACUCCUCCUCCUCCUGUGAUCCUGUGGCAUCUGGAUGUUCGAGACAAGCAAAUGACGCCAUCAAUGGGCCUGGUGGGCUUUCAACACACUUCAGAAGAGUACAUGUGUCCACGUUGAAAAACACUUCUAACCUUGUUGUACAGCCACAGAGUGUUGCAAUGCAGAACAGUUUUAUUAUCCAACCAUUGGAGAGGUACAAUAUGGAAGUGCUACAUGAAAAUGAUGGUGGCUCGAACACUGCUCCAUCAGUGUCACAGUGCUCACCAAAGUCACAGGGAUCUCAAAUGUGUGAGCAAGCUCAAGAUAGUGUCCAUACUGGUGGAUCAAAUAAAGCACCUUCAGACUACGGAAGUGAAGGUCAUCAUCCUAAUGAAGUGGCAGCGCUGAAUAAGUGUCGCGAUGACCAACCAAUCGAGGAACUUGAUGAUCUUGUGCUUCCAGAUGAGCUAGUGACCUACCUUGCACAAAGAGAACGACCUCCAUCAGCAAUGAGCCAAGCAGUUUCAAGUGUUAGCCAGUAUGAUGAAAUGAGAGGCAAAAUGGGUGCUCCGCAAAUGCAUGCGCCUGGAAACAAAACUCACCAAUGUUAUGCACCUCAUCCAAAGGCACCAACACCAAAUAAGUAUGAUCCACAUAGUCAUCAGAGCUCCAGGUGUUCCAUGAGCUCACAGUUUGCUGCUGGUCAGCAAGCACAUCACGCACACAAUGUCACAAACCAGCCAUACUACACCGUCAAUGGAGACGUUCAACAAAAUUGUCCACAGCCUAUCCAGAUGAAUGCAUGGAACAAUCAACAUGGUCAGGUAGCACCAAUACCACAGCACCAUAUUCCACAACCGCUCCCACCUCGUGGUCAACCAAAUCAAAAUAUGCAGCCUUACUGUUAUCAGACAUCUCAGAGUCUUGUUGGAACAAUAGCGCAACCGUACCAACCAGAACACCAGCAACCCUAUCCUGCAACUGUGCAAAACGCCAAUCAUAACAUGCAGCCGUCAGGAUACUGCAGUAGGAAUGCAUUUAGAGGAAAUAUGAUCCAUUACAGCAAUGAGCCACAAAAGGAGCAAAUGCACAGUUGCAGUGGCAUUUACAACAAUCAGCAUAACAGUACACAGCAUUACUGUAAUCAGCCAUACAUUCCUCAACAGCAGCAACAAGUUGCCAACGCAUCGUACUCCCAGCCUCACCCUCCCCAGAACAAUGUUUACGUCAAACAAGAUCACUGCCAGAAUAACAACUAUUGUCAUUGUGGAGGACAGUCCUCCAUGGGACAUUCCUGCAGAAGUGGUCUUCAACAGUGCACUCCAAGUCUGCAUCAAGACAAUAGGCCAAGAAAUCAUCAAAAUCAGAACACAGCUGUCUACAGGGCUGCACAGAAUUCCCUCCAAAUGCCUCAGCCAAAUCUUAUUGUUCAACAACAGCAACAAGGAUGCCACCCCCAACACCCUCCACCCAUGGCAACAAUGCAUCCUCCUCCUCCUCAGUAUGUUCAGCUUUCGCACAGACCAUCUUCUAAUCGCUCCGGUGCUGCUACAUAUGGUAGCUGUCACACAUGCAGCUGUCAGGGCAGUUGUGCACGGCUUUCUCAGAAUAGCGAGUGUACAAACCCGUCCUCACAGGCUUCCAAUGGCCCAGGGCACUCACAGUUUGGCCCAGCAGCACACAGCAGCCACAACUGCAUGGUGUGCAAUAAGAAUCACAGCACACAACCAGAGAUUCAGUGUCGAAGUGUGAGCCAGUCUUCGAGGGCCUCUAUGCCACCAGACACAUACAGGCGCACAUUAGAGUAUGUUCAGCAAUGUCAGCAGUUAGCUGCAAGUGGAGGAGUUCCAUGCUUGAAAGACAGUGCAUCAGUCAGUAGCAUUCCAUCUGUAGAAGCAGUGCAGCAGGUGGAACCUACUGCAGAGGUACCACCAAUGAACUUCCAAAGUACUUCAACAGCUGCUGCACCUCAACAAAGCAUGGUGUUGUCACCAGGGUGCAAUAAAGUGACCAGCACCACGGACAGAGCAGAUGUGCAUCCUAGGUCCGAUGUACUCGUGCCUGACAAAGAGGACAAAAGUGGAGGGCCAUCAAACAGUCCCUUAGGCAAACUGGCAGUUAAGAAAAGUGACUCCCCUGGACGACCAACCCCUGUUGAGAGGUCCAGUAGAACACACCCCCAUUCCCCAUUACUGUGCACAAAUAACAUGGUGAUCAACGACAUGAGUGCCACUCUUACGUCUCUCAUGCAAGAAACAAAGUGCCUUCAGCUUUUACACUAGCUUUCUUUUGUGUGUCUGUUUAAAAGGCUGAUCUUGUGUGUUACUGCCAUACAUUGUGUUACUUGACAUGAAGGAUUCUUUUAAGUUCCGUACUCCAAGAUUGUCUCAGGAAUUCACAGCAAAGUGUACAUACAUGUACAGUACUCUGACAUUGCUUUCGUAAAUGCACCCUGUGGACUGAAACUUGUUUUAAACAGAAUGUUUGUGUCCCCCAACACACUAUGAUUUUGCCAAUAUAAUAUUCAAGGAGUGCAAUUUGUGUGUAAAUUGAAGGAAAUAUGAUAAAUUAUUUGUCAACAAGCCCCCA